AAAGAAAAACAAUGUCCGAAAAGAUGGGACCAAUUGGUGGUAUCAAGGGAAAGACAUUCGACGAUGGAGCAGAUCAUGACGGUGUGGCCAAGAUAUACGUUGCACCUGGUGGUCGAGGGAUUGAGAACAUCAAGUUCGAUUAUGUUAAGAACGGAAAGAUAAAGGAAGGAUCUUUACAUGGUGUGAAAGCUAGAGGUUUCACUUCAACGAUUGUGAUCAGUCAUCCCGAUGAGUACCUUAUUUCUGUAGAGGGGUGGUUCGACUCUUCCAAUGUCAUUCAAGGAAUCCAGUUCAAAACUAACAGAAACAUUUCUGAUAUAUUUGGAUAUGAAUUUGAUGGAGAUGGAACACAAUUUUCACUUCAAGUCAAGGACAAGAAGAUCAUCGGUUUUCAUGGAUUAGUUGAUUCUCAUCUCAAUUCUCUUGGAACUUACUUCACUCCCAUCUCUUCCUCCUCUUCGUCUUCCUCGUCCUCGAGUCCUCCUCUAAAAAAGUUAGAAGCUCAAGGAGGAAAUGGCCGAGAAAAAUUCGACGAUGGUACUUUUGAUCAUGUAAGAAAAGUUUCUGUUGGUCAAGGAGAUUCGGGUGUAGCGUAUAUCAAGUUCGAAUACGAAAAAGAUGGCAAAAGAGAGGCACACGAGCACGGAAAAAAGACAUUGUUAGGAACAGAGGAAUUCGAGGUUGAUCAAGACGAUUACAUCACAUCUAUGAAAGGUUACUACGAGAAACUCUUUGGCUCGGAGACAGAAAUUAUAACGACUCUUAUAUUCAAGACAUUCAAGGGCAUAACCUCUCAGCCUUUUGGAAUGCCCUCGGGGGAUAUGUUCUUGCUCGAAGGCGGCAAAAUCACUGGAUUCCAUGGCAGUUCGAGCGACGUUCUUCAUUCUAUCGGAGCUUAUAUUUCUCAUUCGGCUUCUCCCAAGAUGCUGCGUGGCAAUUGGAUCCAGGUGGAGCAAAAAGGCAAGGGUCCUGGACCAAGAUGCUCGCACGCUAUAGCAAUGGUUGGAGACAAAAUGUACUCUUUUGGAGGAGAGUUAACGCCAAAUUUCCACAUUGAUCAACACCUCUACGUCUUCGAUUUCAAGACACACACAUGGUCGCUUGCUCCUCCAAACGGCGACGUUCCUGAACCUUGCUUAGGCGUUUGCAUGGUGGCCAUCGGCACUACACUCUACGUCUUCGGUGGGCGCGAUGGCCACCGUAAUUACAAUGGUUUCUACUCUUACGACACAGUUAAAAGCGAGUGGAAACUCAUAACUCACGUCAAUAAAGGACCUGCACCGCGUAGCUUCCACGCAAUGGCUGCUGAUGACAAAAACGUUUAUGUCUUUGGUGGAGUGAGUACUACGGUACGUGUCAACACACUCCAUGCUUACAACAUCGUUGAUGAAAAGUGGAUUGAGCUUCCGAAUCCAGGAGAGUCUUGCAAAGCGAGAGGUGGAUCAGGGCUAGCGGUUGUGCAAGGGAAGAUUUGGGUUGUGUAUGGGUUUUGCGGGGACGAAAUGGAUGAUGUUCAUUGCUUUGAUCCGGCUGAAAGUAAGUGGACUAAAGUGGAAACAAGCGGUGAAAAGCCGUGGGGGAGAAGCGUGUUUUCGAUGGCUGUUCUAGGGAAAUAUAUAAUUAUAUCUGGAGGUGAGAUUGAGAUGGACCCAAAGGCUCACUUGGGUCCGGGGAAAUUGACCGGAGGAGCUUUCGUGUUGGACACAGAGAGUUUGAUGUGGCAGAAGCUUGAGGAAGGUCAUAGCCCGCGUGGAUGGUGCGCGUCCACGACUGCGUCCAUUGAUGGGAAAAAAGGGUUGUUGAUGUAUGGAGGGAAGUCUCCGACCAACGGUCGUUAUGAUGACAUCUUUUUCUAUGGCGUAGACUCUGCUUAAGACCGCUCGGUGUUGGUAAUAUUGUGAGCUUUAAAAGUUGUAGUUUGUUGCAUCAUGGGAAGGAUCUGGUGUCUGAGACCUAAAGAGUUGAGAGCUGAGAUUCUUGCUUGGUUUCUCUUCAUUUUCUGUGUGUUUUUUUUUAUUGAUCGAAUCAAUAAAUGUAGAACUGAGUUCUUAAAUAAGAUAAGC